GGCUCCUGUCAAUGAGACGGUCGUUGGCCGGAUUAUAUUCGUGUUUCCUUGGAGGUGACGGUCAGAUGACACUGGAUGUCAAUGCAUAUCUUCAUGAUGGCUCCGUGAGAUUUUCCAUCCAGUGAUUUAUCAAUCUUAUCAUAAUGCCCACCUUAUAUGGGCUAGGGCAGGAUCGAUCAUUGGUACAAUACAAGUUGCAUGGAUACUAGUGUGACCACCGCCAUGGCAUUGGGCAGCAGAACUGCAGUUCGAGCAGAGCUUUGACCACGGAGAAUGGUUCAUAGUCGUAUUUGGAUUGACGAUGUGUUAACGAUUCAUCCUCGACUUGUUGACUGUUGACUGUUCAUACUUCGUUGAGGGGGGAAGGCGGUGAAUUACGUAAGCCAUAAUCUGCAACCACUAGUCAUCCGUGGGAAAUGGUCAUACUUCGCGAUUUAUCCAAUCUAACUGGUGUCUUGGAACGAGUGCACGAAUUACCAAUCUAGCUUAGGCAUCUGGUCGAUUUGCUACUGGUCAUUUCUUAAUCUAUCUGAUCCACGAUGACGUCCCUCUUCUUCUCCACCCCUGUUGACAUCGAUGUUGUCCUCGAAGAUAGCGAUGAACGUCAGACGGUGGAUGUCAAGCUCGACAAGGGCCGUCGCGAACGGGUCCCCCUAUACAUGGAUGGAGAGUCCGUUAAGGGUGCUGUAACGGUGAGGCCCAAGGAUGGAAAGCGGUUAGAGCAUACGGGCAUUAAGGUCCAAUUCAUUGGCACAAUUGAGAUGUUCUAUGAUCGCGGUAACCAUUACGAGUUCCUUUCCUUAGUCCAAGAGCUCGCAGCGCCUGGAGAACUGCAACAUCCACAAACCUUCCCGUUCAACUUCAAGAACGUCGAAAAGCAAUACGAAUCCUACAAUGGCAUUAAUGUGAAGCUGCGGUACUUCGUCCGGGUGACCGUGUCGAGGCGCAUGGCCGACGUCAUCCGGGAGAAAGACCUAUGGGUGUACUCUUAUCGCAUGCCCCCGGAGACCAACAGCCCCAUCAAGAUGGACGUCGGGAUCGAGGAUUGUUUGCACAUAGAGUUCGAAUAUUCCAAGUCCAAAUAUCAUCUGAAGGAUGUCAUUGUGGGUCGCAUCUACUUCCUGCUAGUGCGAUUGAAGAUCAAACACAUGGAGCUAUCCAUCAUUCGACGUGAAACGACCGGAUCUCCCCCGAAUCAGUAUAAUGAGAGUGAGACUUUGGUGCGGUUCGAGAUCAUGGAUGGUUCGCCUUCAAGAGGCGAAACUAUUCCUAUUCGUUUGUUCCUUGGAGGCUUUGACCUGACCCCUACCUUCCGAGACGUGAACAAGAAAUAUUCGACUCGUUAUUAUCUGAGCCUGGUGCUCAUUGAUGAAGAUGCCCGUCGCUACUUCAAGCAGUCCGAGAUUGUUCUCUAUCGUCAAGCUCCCGAAAUUGCUACAACCCCGCAGAUCGCCCAGCAGCAAUUGAUUCAACAACAACAACUUCAGAACCAGCACCAGCAGCAACUGCCUCCGGGCUCGGCCACCGCGGGCCCUGGACGUGAGCGCGAGCCACUUCCGAACCCGGCUGUCACCGCUCCUGUGGCGUAGCAUCGUCUUCUUCCGAUCUACUUAUAAGGUGUCUCCGUGAGAACGACAGCACUUUGUUCAUGACUGCUGAUAUGCCUUGUGUUCUACAUAUACCCAGUCUAAUGCUUUAUACUCUGGCCCUGUUCGUCUAUCUAUCUAUUCUGUAUUCUUGUUCCAAUCCUAAUCUCGGUGGGAAAAUACUCGCCCAGAUGUCGUCCCUCUCUACUUUAACUGAGCCAGUUUUUGAGUGAAUAGCUGAGCAUCCAUG